AUGUCUUGUUGCGGAGGAAACUGUGGUUGUGGAACUGGCUGCACUUGCAAAAAGUACCCUGACUUGGGCUUUUCCGGUGAGUCGACCACGACUGAGACUUUUGUCUCUGGCGUUGCACCAGCGAUGAAGAAGCAAUACGAGAGUUACGGCGAGAGUAACGUCGAGAACGAUGGAUGCAAGUGUGGAUCUGACUGCAAGUGUGAUCCUUGCACUUGUACAUGA